CCAUUUCAAUUUGAAGUACAACGAAUUAAACGUUAUCAAUAAUGGAUGAUUACGAACAACAAUGUGAAGAUGCUCUUUUUGAAUUAUGUGAUACUCGAGAACGAUAUCCAUCUCGAUGUACCAAUGAACUUAAAAAAUCUAUUAAAUUGAAAAAUGAUAUAAAUAUGCUGAAGGUAUUUCAAAAAUGGACUGGAAUAGAUGAACUACCUUUCUUGGAACAAAAUGAAUAUUUGAAUCUUAAUUUUAAUAAAAGUGAAAUGUGCUUUGACCAUUUAGAUUUUAAAUUGCAAUACAUUAUGAAUAAGUUGAAUAAUUUAAAAGCAAUUAUGGAUCAAAUUGAACGAGAAAAAACAUGUUGGGUUAAUAAGUUAUUAGAAGGUUAA